AUGCAGCUCUCAAAGAAAACACAACGCCAAGCGUCGAUUGCGGCCGUUUCGGGCCUUGUCAUAAUCGGAGCAGCAUCGCUUUUCUUCAAGACCUAUCCUCACUUGAAUCCGUUCUCGUGCCAGACGAAGAAGGCGGACAAACCGGAAAGCAGCGGCCAGGGAGAGAAGGAGGCAGGAAAAGAAGGCACUACUACCACGACAGAGGAGUCUGCAGUUUUGGUAGACUACGACAAGCUGUCCAAGGAUGAGUUGGAAGCUGUGCUCACGGAGAAGAACGUCGACGUUCCUGCGGACGCCUCCCUGGAGGACUUGGCCAAGCUGGCCAAGAGCAUCUGA